AGAGUGUCUUUUGGAGAUGUUCUUAUAAAGUAAUGCAUAAUUUUUGAACAUAAGUGUGGUGCUUGAUUAUUGUUAUCACAAGUCCCUGGGUGUUUUUUUUCUCUUCCUUUCGCUUCUUGCUCUUGUUAGUUAUUGGGGAGACAAAAGUUCAUGGCGAAGAAGAGGAUCGUGUUCUUUGCUUCUUUGCUCUUUUUUGCCAUCUUUUCAAGUUUUAGCUUUGCUGGGAUAACGAUACAGAAUCCUUUGUCAACAGGACAAACUCUCAUCUCCUCUAAUGGAGUUUAUGAACUUGGAUUCUUCAGUCCUAACAACUCCCAGAAUCAAUAUGUCGGGAUCUGGUACAAGGGUAUCAUUCCACAGGUGGUUGUGUGGGUGGCCAAUAGAAAAAAUCCUGUUACAGACUCCAUGGCACAUCUAGCUAUCAACAGCAAUGGAAGUCUUGUCUUAUUCAAUGGCAAAAAAGGCGUUGUCUGGUCCACGGGAGAAGCUUAUGAAUCUAAAGGGUCUCGUGCAGAGCUAUUAGACACUGGAAAUCUUAUUGUCAUUGACAAUUUCUCCGGAAGAACUCUCUGGGAAAGCUUUGAGCAUCUUACUGAUUCUAUGCUCACUUUUUCAUCCAUGAUGUAUAAUCUCGCCACAGGUGAGAAGCGGGUGUUGACUUCUUGGAGAAGUUACAAUGAUCCUUCCCCUGGUGACUUUGUGCUUGAGAUUACACCGCAAGUGCCAUCACAGGUGUAUACGAUGAGAGGCUCGAGGCGUUAUUGGAGAAGUGGUCCCUGGGCUAAAACAAGGUUCGCCGGGAUACCAUCAAUGGAUGCGACAUAUGGAAGUCCAUUCAGCCUUCAGCAGGAUGCAAACGGGUCAGGAUCCUACACUUAUCUUGAAACAAGACUUCGUUCACGCAUAAUGCUAACAUUAGAAGGGUCAGUGAGGGUUUAUUGGCGUAGUGGGAGUGAGUGGGAAAUAAAAUAUGAUGCUCUACUCAAUUCAUGCGAUAUUUACGGUGUAUGUGGACCUUUUGGGUUGUGUGUACCUCCAAAGUGUAGAUGCUUAAAAGGGUUUGUACCAAAAUACAGUGAGGAGUGGGAAAGAGGAAACUGGACUGGUGGUUGUAUGAGAAGUACGGAAUUAAAUUGUCAAGGAAGCUCUACUGGCAAGGAUGCAAAUGUCUUCCAUCCUAUUGCUAAUGUAAAGCCUCCAGAUAAUCACCAACUUGCAAGCUCAGAAAAUCCCAUCCUGUUCGCUGAAGAUUGUCACCAAAUUUGCCUCCGCAAUUGUUCUUGCUUGGCCUUUUCUUUUAUUAAUGGUAUAGGAUGCUUAGUGUGGAGCCAGGAGCUAUUAGACGUGGUGCAAUUCCCUGCGGGAGGAGAACUUCUUUCCAUUCGUCUUGCACCUUCUGAACAAGGUGGAAAGAAUCAAAAGAAGACGAUUGUUGCUAGUGUUAUAAGCCUUUCUCUUUUUAUUUUAUCGAUAUCUGCUGGGUUUUGUUUCUGGAGAUACAGAGUGAAACAUAAAGCUACUAUAUUAAAGAAUGCUUCGCAAGAUGCAUGGAGAAAUGAUUUGGAACCACAAGAUGUCAAAGGUUUAAAUUUUUUUGCGAUGAAUGUCAUUCAAACUGCCACCAAUAAUUUCAGUCUCUCAAAUAAACUCGGACAAGGUGGAUUUGGCUCAGUUUACAAGGGAAUGCUGCAAGAUGGCAAAGAAAUUGCUGUUAAGCGGCUUUCCAGCAGUUCGGGGCAGGGAAGAGAAGAGUUCAUGAACGAAAUAGUACUCAUUUCAAAGCUACAACACAAGAACUUAGUUCGGAUAUUGGGAUGUUGCAUCGAAGGAGAAGAGAGGCUAUUAAUUUAUGAGUUUGUGUUGAACAGAAGCCUUGAUACUUUUCUCUUUGAUUCAAGAAAAAAGCUUGAGAUUGAUUGGCCUAAGAGAUUCAGUAUCAUCAAAGGCAUUGCGCGUGGACUUCUCUAUCUCCAUCGUGACUCAUGCCUCAAGGUUAUUCACCGAGAUCUAAAGGUGAGCAAUAUUCUUUUGGAUGAGAAGAUGAACCCAAAAAUAUCAGAUUUUGGAUUGGCUCGGAUGUAUCAGGGAACCGAAUAUCAGGACAACACUCGCAGGGUUGUAGGAACUCUGGGAUAUAUGUCUCCUGAGUAUGCAUGGAGUGGGAUGUUCUCUGAAAAAUCUGACAUAUACAGCUUUGGAGUGCUGCUGAUGGAAAUCAUCAGUGGAGAGAAGAUCUCAAGAUUCAGUUAUGGAGAAGAGGGAAAAACUCUUAUUGCUUAUGCCUGGAAAUCUUGGUGUGAGAGGGGAGGAAUUGAUCUUUUGGAUAAAGAUAUUGCUGAUUCAUGUCAGCCAUUAGAAGUUCAGAGAUGUGUUCAGAUUGGUUUGAAUUGUGUUCAGCAUCAACCUGCAGACAGACCCAACACACUUGAGUUGCUCUCCAUGCUCACCACAACGUCAAAUCUUCCAUCACCAAAAGAACCCACAUUCGUAGUGCAUGCCAGAGAAGAAGAAUCCCUGUCUAAAGGUUUGAUCACUGACAAUGAGAUAUCACAAACUGUGAUCCUUGGACGUUAAGUAACGAAUGCGUGAUCAAUUUUUGAUGAAUUUAAAAUAUGCCGUGUUUUUUUCUCUUCAAAAUUGAUCAUAACUUAUUCUUUGUUUCUUUUCUUCAAUUUUUUUUUAAAUUUCUUCUUGUAUUAGUAAAAGAGUUUCUAAUCAAGAAAAAAAGUCAAUACCAAAUUCUAUUUUCUAUGAAC